UCUGCAAGUUGUCAAUAAAGUCAAAUAAUAUUAUUGAUUACCUUUAAACAAUUUUGUUGUACGAGUUAUCGAGCUUUUACAAGAUAUUAAUAAUUUUAGGCGCUAGCAAAACCUUAGAAAUAUAAAUUAAAUAACAUGAUACGGAUAACGGAUUAUUAUAUGCAUAACUUCAUACACAGAAACCAGUUGCAGCCUAACAAAAUAUUACUUGGUGCUAAAAAGUAUUGUAACAAAUCCCACACGACGAAAAAUGUCUCUAUUUGUGGGGGAAAAGACACUGAAACCAAAAAAGUCGGAGGCUUCCCGCCGAAAAGGCCGAGUCAGAAACAUCCCCCAGUACAACCGCAUGGAUGGAAAACGUAUAAAGUCGGCGAGACCCGAAGAUAUUCGCCAUUUCACUUUCCUGGCCAGUCAACUGUCGAGUGGGUAGUUGCCAGAGUUGACGACAUUCUCAACUGGGGAAGAAAAGGCUCUAUGUGGCCUCUGACAUUCGGUCUUGCCUGCUGUGCUUUGGAGAUGAUGCAUUAUGCUGGACCAAGAUAUGAUAUGGACCGCUACGGUAUGGUUUUCCGAGGGACGCCGCGUCAGACCGACGUGAUCAUCAUCGCGGGCACCGUCACCAACAAGAUGGCGCCUAUCCUGCGCAAGACCUACGACUUGAUGCCGGACCCCAAAUGGGUGGUGUCCAUGGGCAGUUGCGCCAACGGGGGCGGCUAUUAUCAUUAUACCUAUUCCACUGUGCGCGGUGCUGACAGAAUUAUACCGGUUGAUAUCUACGUUCCCGGAUGCCCCCCAACAGCGGAAGCUCUGUUGUAUGCCAUGCUGCAGCUUCAGAAGAAGGUCAAGCGUAUGCGGAUGUGCCAGACUUGGUAUCGCCAUUGAAUAUUAUGAUUGUCCUUCAUUGUUGGAAUAUAACAUUACGAAAUAUAAUUAUAUUAUUAUUAAACUUACAUUGGUUAAUAGAAACAUUCGUUCUUCUCCGAUCAAUUUGAAAUAUUAUUUAACAUUGUUGAAUGGAA